AUGAAUACUGCUUCAACUUCAGAAAGUGGAUCAUAUUCCACAAACCACCCAGGACCCUUUAUUUAUGCACAGCCAUCAGCUCAACAGCCUUAUCCAAAUCCAUGGUACCUCAGUUAUGCGUACAGUCCAUACUGCGUACCUGCUCCAGGCUUCCGAAGUGGAAAUCCGUAUUUUCCAUUUUAUUCUGUUGCGCUCCAUGAGUACCCUCGAUUUUUUGUCCCACAGCAUCCAGUGCAUGCAAGAAUUAACAGAAGGCCUUAUUUUAAUGCUGCCCCACCUUCCCCUAUGUUUUAUCAUGCAACAAGAUUUAGACAUCAUAAUAGCCCUGGGAAGAAAAUGGAGACAAAAGAAACACAGACUGAUCCUAGACAGCCUGAAAGCAAGCAAAAAAGGCAUCAAGAUAUCCGUACAGAAACGAAAGGUUGUGAUGCAGGAAAUAUAGCCUGUGUUUCUCCUGGUAUAGGUACAGAGACUGAAAAUACUUCAGAGAAACAAAAUUUGUUUGGCUCUUCUAUUGUGGUAGACAGAGAGUUUCAUAAUAAGAACCCUGCCAGUUCUACACAGUAUAGAAAUCUUCCUACUGGAAGCUAUGCCUUUGAGAAGGAAGAAGUGAGGAUAGAAUAUGGAAAUGGCUCUCCAGCUAUUCAGCUGUGGAAAUCCUUUAAAGAAACAAUCCCACUGUAUGAUGUGGCAAGUGGUAAACCAGUUCCAGAGAACAUAGUGCCACACGACUUGUUUUCUGUUAGCUCGUGUGAAGGCAUGAUAUAUGGCCCUCAUGAAGGGGAGAAUAUGCUGCCAGGAGCUUCCUUAGAUGAGAGAAAAGCUGUUGUCACCUCCAAACAGGGUGCUGAAGCUGUGCAAGAGAAAGAUGUGCAAAAUAAUGAAGUGAAGCUGGAUGCAGAAAAGAUGGCAAAAUCCCCCCCAGGUGAAACCAUGGCAGUGCAAAUCACAGAGUUGGCAAGAUCUGUUGGUGUAGAUCAACCAGUGGUAAUAGCUAAGAAAUCUAGCACUAAAAGGUCUGCAGGAUCAAAAGCUUCUCAAGAAGAGCCUGGCUUUAUUCAACAAGCAGGACUACUUCCAUCUAAUAUGGAGGUAAUGAGUGACUUUCAGCAGAAAAAGCUGAAUUUAAGCCACAGUGCAACCAAUGAAAGUCAGACAGAAAAAAGUAUUUGGUGUGACAAAUCAAUUGAGAGGUUUGCUCCCUCUAGCAGCUGGCUGGCUUGUUUGGACAGUAUGGACACAAACUACAAUGCUUGUUUGCCACAAAGGAAGCGUCGAAGUGUAAUCAGUCUGUCUUCUGAUGACAUGUCCUCUGGAGAGGAAGGUUCAUCAACUGAUAAUGCCCCAGUGUCUUAUUUUGUGCCUGACUAUGUGCUUCAGAAAAGCAUGUACACUCUUCAGAAAAGUACAGAGGGCUUAGACCAAAUUAAAAGUGGUGGAUCCCCUAACAUAGAUGAAGUGGUAGGAAAGGAGCAGGUGAACAGCCUGAAUGACCAAGAUGUCAACUCUUCAAACACAAAGAUCAAGGAGACUUCCAGUAAAGGUAGAAAGCUGGGAGCCCUUUCUAGGUCCUCUAGUAGGAAAGAAGUCAAUUCUCCCAACAAAAAAGCAACUAAGAGUUUGUCAGAAGUUGAGGACUCUGAAGAAUAUUCUGUGAAGGGAGAAGAGGAAGAUGAAGAUGGAGAGGAUGAGUAUGAGGAGGACGAGGAUGAUGACAUGGAUGAAAUUGAGUAUUUCUUUCAAGAAGCCCCUCCAUAUGGCAUCUUGAGGCCAAGUAAAGGAAAUUUCUACCAAGUCGGUCAGAGAGUGCUUUGGAAACCACCUACAAAUGCUGUACCAGCACAAUUAAUUAGCUGGCCUGCUCAAGAGAAAAUAAAAACUAGGAGUGGGCUUGUUGAAAACAUUGGUGUAGUUUACAAGCCAAAGAAGAGAGAACAAGAUGAAGUUGUAUACAGUGACUAUGGGUAUUAUGGAAGAAAGAGGCCUAUGACAAGAAGAGAAGGACUCGAACACCAGCGAAUGCUACGGAAAUUCUUGAGAGUGUGCCCACCUUUGGUUAAAGCAAAGAAGAAAAGAAUGGGCAAGCCACCUUCAAAACGCAGAGACAUGAGACAUGAGGUGGAAGAAGUAGAAAUGUGGGAGCUGCCUAAACACAGUGUACACAAAGGGCAUGGAACAAGGAAGUCCCUCUCUAAGAAAAGAUAA